CCGGUCCGGUUUGGGGGCCUGGACUGGAAAACGUCUCCAUCCACGACUGCAAGGAAACACCAGCAGCUCUCACACUCUCCAUCACACACACACACACACACAUAUAUAUAUCAGCCAGCUCCCAUUGAAGAUGACAGCAAAAAACCGACACAAGAACAACUCGAGCGACAAGACCCCCGCAUCCAUUCCUGAGGAUGCGUCGAAGAAAAGCCCAAAGAGCAGCACCGGCAACGGGGUGAGUGGCCCCGCACCUCAGGGGCCACAGUCUGGGAGCUGCCUCGGGCUGUUUUUCACCACAGUGUUUUAUUUGGGGUUAUUAGGAGCUGCGGGGUUUGCUGCUUUUUAUCUACAACAGGUAGUGGAGGAGAUUCGUGAGACCAGCGCGAAACAUGAGGACAGUGCGCGACAGAACGCAGAGCUGAGCAGCAAAAUGGAGAGUGUGGUUCAACAGGUGGAGUCUCUCAGGAGCAUUGUGGAUGGGCUGGAAUCGUCACUGGGCAUCACACGGAUGGAGCUGGAGGGCGCUGUCACCCGGAUGAAGCGGGGCGAGGUGGAGACGAGGAAGGUGGACGAGGCCCUUCAGAAGCUCCAGAACAAUCUACUCAGGGACCUCUCCGACGGGAUCAGCGAGGUGAAGGAGGCCAGGGAGCGGGACUUCUCGUCUCUGGAGAAAACUGUAGAGGAACGCCUGGCUGAGGUGAGUCAGUCCAUCGCGGCCAGCAUGGCCGAGUUUACCGAGGCUCAGGGCGCGGCGCAGAGCCAGCUGGCUGAUCUCAAGGCCCGCCUCGGUGACAUUGAGGACCCCGCGCUCAUAAAACAGGAGCUCUCUGCCAUCGUCAAUGCCGUAGCUGAAAUCAGAACUGCCUCGGCGGAUUCUGACGCCGCAUCAGAUUCCCUCAGGCAGCAGAUUGGUGCAGUGAGGGAGGAGCUGCAAACUCGUAACAAGGAAGUCGGCUCCUUGUCUCAGGAAGUAGAAACAGUGAGGUCCGUGGCUCAGGAGCAUGUUGGGAGUCUGAGACUGUCACUGUCUGAAGCUGAGGGUGAAGUCCAGGCUCUCAAGGACAAAAGCGAGACCCUGGAGAGCAGCGUGGAGCAGGCCGCUGUUGCCGUGCGUAAUGUGGAGAAGCAGGCGAGUGACGCAGCUGCUCAGGUCAAGAAAACUUGGGACAACCUGGAAGCCAGAGUGAAAGCAGCAGAGGAGAGCGGAGAUUCACUUUCCACAUCCGUAUCAGACAUCAGCGCGAGAGUGGAGUCACUAUUUGGCAAAUUCGAUACCCAUGAAAGCGCACUGACUGUGCAGGGGCAGACCGCGGAGAAAGUCAAAACGGCUCUGGAGCAGGAGUUGGAGUCACUAAAGGGCCGAGUGGAGGAGGUCAAGUCCAGCACGGACAUCCAAACGCAGCUAACCCUGCAGGUGAGCGACGCGACGAAGAGGAUCGCCGCUCUGGAGGACGGCGGCAAAGUCAAGCCGGAGCAGCUGCAGAGCUUGACAAGCAUGGUGGCUGGCUUGGAGGCUAAAGCUGCUAAGCUAGAAGGCCACGACAACGCUAUUGCCGCGCUCCAGAAAUCUCUGCAAGACACCACAAAGACACUGGCAGGCUUAUCCAAAACCCAGGGCAAGAAGGAGAAGUAGGGAUUUAAAGUUAGGGGUGUGACGUCAGGAAAACAAAACAUGGACAAUCAUUUUUUUCUAAAGGAUGCCAAUUAACCAUACUCACAUGGCGGCCAAUUUUUUCCCCAAUUGUAAGCUCAGAUGCUGUUAAAUUGUUGUACCACAGUGCCCUAAGAUAAAAGUCACAAAAAUCAAGUGAAUCCGUCAAAUCAUUUGGUUAGAAAAGCAUACAUAUCUUGCUAAUGGUAAUUGUAGCAAGGAUGUGGCUCAAUGCUAACAUUAGCCUUUUUCUGAAAAACGGCGAAAAGCCCUUCGAGAUUUUCAUUGUUUGGUGUCUUUUUAGUCACUGGUCAACCUAAAAGCAGUAAAAUGAGUCAGAUCCUCACACUAUAAGGUGCCUUUAUAACGCUAUUUAACCUUCCUGCCCUGGGCUUGAGCAUUGGAAGAAACGGCCGGCGUUUGAUAUGGUGAAUCGCUCACUUUUUGCCUUUUUUUCCAUGAAGAAUUUUGUCUCAGACUUGAUGGUUGAUGUUGCACAUUUUAGUAGCUAAUAAAAAAAAAAAAAAAAAAAAGGUUCAGUCAGGAGAGCGAGUCAGAGCUGAACUGCCGAUCUGUGAAUUCAAAUCCAAACUCAUUCUGCACUGUAGUUUUUCUAUUUCUAAUGUUUCCGUUUUUUUUUUUUCAUGUUACAUGGAAAUGCUGUUUAUUUACGACAAACCAGAUGCAAUAAUGAGCUCUUUUUGAGCACUCCUUUUUUAUUCACUACAUGUUUUUUCUGUUUUUUUUUUACAAGAAUAAAACUCUUGUUGACCCAGA